AUGCCGGAGGAGGAAGUGAUUGAGCUCAAGUUCCGUCUCUACGAUGGUACCGAUAUCGGACCGUUCCGUUACUCCCCUGCUUCCACUGUAUCCAUGCUCAAGGACCGGAUUUUUGCAGAGUGGCCCAAAGACAAGAAAAUUAUACCAAAGGCAGCAAAUGAUAUAAAACUGAUAAGUGGUGGCAGAGUUUUGGAGAACAACAAAACAGUUGGCCAGUGUAGAGUGCCUCUUGGCGAGCUUCUCCCCAAAGGGGUUAUCAUCACCAUGCAUGUUGUGGUCCAGCCAUCCUUGCUCAAAGCAAAAACAGAGAAAAAGGUUGAUGAGGUGCCCAGAAAACAUAUAUGUGCUUGUUCGGUAUUGUGA